CUGGAAAAACGAGUAUGAAUGAACAAUCGAGUCGCUCACAUGCAAUUUUUACAAUAACAAUUGAGUGUUCGGAAAUAAUUGCUGAUGGAAAGCAAUUACUCACACAAGGGAAACUUAGCUUUGUAGAUUUGGCAGGAAGUGAAAGACAAUCAAAAACUAAUGUCGUUGGAGAACAAAUGAAAGAAGCAACAAAGAUUAACUUAUCUUUGUCAACACUUGGAAAUGUAAUUAGUGCUUUAGCUGAUGCAAAAAGCACUCACAUACCAUACCGAAAUUCAAAACUUACAAGGAUUUUGCAAGAUUCUCUUGGUGGGAAUUCAAAGACAUGCAUGAUUGCAAAUAUUGGGCCUGCAGCAUACAAUUAUGCAGAGACAAUAAGUACAUUGCGAUAUGCGAGUCGAGCAAAGCGUAUACAAAAUAUGGCGAGAAUUAACGAAGAUCCAAAAGAUGCUUUGCUCAGGCGAUUCCAAAAUGAGAUUCAACUUUUGAAGAAAAGAUUAGAAGAAGCCGAACCAGGUUCCAAUGCAGAAAGUGAUGUUGAUGAGGAGCAAAAUUUGUCUUUAGAAGAAGCAGAUGUGAAUAAUACAGAUUCUGAGCAUCAACGUUUGGUUGAUGACCUUUUAAGUCGUGAAGAAGAGCUUAAACGGAAUAAAAGCGAAAGAGAAAAAUUAAUGCAUAAAUUAGUAGCAAUUGAGAGACAAAUAAUUGUAGGCGGUGAAAAUAUGAUUGAAAAGGCAGAGAGGCAAGCGCAACUGUUAGAUGCUGGAAACAGAGAUUUGGAACAUGCUCGUCAAAGAUUACGUAGCCAACAGGCUGAACAAAUUGAUAUCGGAGAGCAAAGUAAUAGUUUACAAGAACAAGCCCAAAGUCUUAAUAAAAAAUUGAAAAAGGUUUGGACUCAAUAUAUGCAAGCAAAGAGUGAACUACAAGAUCAGGAAAUGGAACAUCAUCGAGAAACAGAAUCUCUCCUUGAAAGUAUUAGGCAAUUACAGAGGGAAUUGCUUUAUGCGAACCUUGUUAUUAAUAGUUUUAUUCCCGAUAAUCAAAUGAAUUAUAUUGAACAAUUUGUUAAUUGGAAUGAAGAAAUUGGUGACUGGCAACUUAAAUGCAUUGUUUGUGUACUUAAUUUUGUUUUAAUUUUUAACUUUUUAGGCGUAUACCGGAAAUAA